GCCAGUUCUGGCUGUGCUGCAGCCUUGCGCGGCUUCACGCCCCCUUCUUUUUUUCAUCGUCGUUUGCGCGAGAAGUGCGGAAGGCGCCAUUUACUCGUGCUUUUGGUGUUUUGUGAGACGAAACGCGGAAACAAAUGUGGCGGCCGCGCUGCGUAAUUUGCUGGGUACCGGGAACAUCUCGAGUGCCCAAAUUCCGAGUCGUUACGUAUCCCGAAGUCUUCGAUGGACGAGACGAAAACACGCGAGUUCUGAAAGUAAGCGAUGAUAUAACAUUGAACCUUCAGCCGAGCUCGAUACUUCAUGAAGAGUUCUUCGUCCGUACAUAUCGCAAUGGAAUUCCGGAGCAUCAAUAUUUCGACGUACGAGCCUUGCAACAAAAUUUGUAUCACGAUGAAAGGCAUCUCGCAGCAGUGAGGCUUCACGAAGAAGAUGGGACAUUGAGAGUGGAAGGCGUUGUUGGACCUAAUUUGAAGAUCAGACCUCUUGAGACCACAGAGCGCUCCCAACAUGGCCGCCAAGCACAUCUCGUCGAAAAUAUUGAAGACACCGAUUCUUUCGAAGUCCAUGGUAAAGUUACCCAAGAUGACAUUAGUAUCGCCGAGCGUGCCGAAGGUGGUUUCGAUUCAUCUAAGUUUAGCGUCGAGGAAAUUAAUCCGGAAGUGAUGGUAGUGUGUGACAGUCGGUUCCGGAGGCAAUUUCGAAAUAAUGAGGACUUUAUUUAUUACAUGAUGACAACCUUUGUAGUUGUUAACAUACGUUAUCGCGGGCUUACUGCUCCAAAAGUGCGCUUAGUCUUAUGUGGAAUCGAACUCAGUAACUCGAAGCAGGAAAGCCUUUACUAUAAGUACAUCGGGGGUGAUGAAAUAGACGCCUACCAGUCACUCCAAAAACUUGUGAAGUUUGUCACGGAGAGGAACAAUACAUACGGAUUGUAUGACUUGGUAUAUUUUGUAACAGGGCAUGACAUGGUUGCCGUAUACCAAACAACAAGAGCGCCCAGUCUUGAGGGCUACGCUUUUGUUGCGUCUGCUUGCACUGACAACCGGGAGCAGCUCGGUGAAGACAAAGCAUAUACUUACAAAGGUAUUCGCAUCAUGGCACACGAAAUGGCACACACGUUGGGCUGCACGCACGACGGUACGCGGGCACCGGGUCUUGUGAAAGCCUUUACACCUGAUGCUCUACGCUGUCCAUGGGGAGAUGGCUACAUCAUGAGCUAUGAACAGGAAGACAGCAGAAGCAUGAAGUUUUCUGACUGCUGCCGCUAUGAUAUUGCCCAAAUGUCUUGGACGCCUGAGGGAAACUGUUUGCACAGAAAUGAUUCCAAAAAAGUGGCAGAAAACUGGGGAAAGCGUUACCUGUUACCCGGAGACUUCUUGAGCCUAAAUAGGCAGUGCAAAAUUGCGUACCCAUAUCUUACUCGAACGUACUUCAUGACGAAAAUGAAAAUGGGAAUAACGCAGUGCAAAGGUUAUUGCUUUGUUCCGGGAAAGCAGUACAAUGCAGCUGACCACUACUGGCCUCUUCUAUUCGCCGACGGCACCAAAUGCAGGGAGGAUCCCAAGCAUAUAUGCAUAAAUGGAGACUGCGUGCCAGACCCGAGAAACCUAAGGAAUGGGACCUUUGUAAAACCUCCAAAAAACUAUACUAAACAAUUUAAAGGUACGAAAUAAUAUGCUGCUGUGCCUCUCAAUGUUGGUAUUGAGUAAUGCGACUGUCUACAUUGUUGUGAAAACGUUCCACCCGCACAAAGAGCAAUUUUAGUGAGAGGAUGACAAUGGUCCCUCGAACGUCUGCAAAAUUGUAUCUCAGAAGUUCGGUAGAAACCAUGCG